AUGGCGCUGAUGGACAGCAACAACUUCAUCGAGAACGUGGGCGUCGGGGAGCGUGAAGCGCGGAUCGCAAGCAAGCUCGUGGCUCGUCGCCACUACAACCUGGGCCACGGCAUCGGACGGAGCGGCGACAUUGCGGCAGUGCAGCCCAAGGCCGCCGGCACGUACACCUUCGCCUCGCUCACCAACCACUUGCCUCAGCUAACACAGGGCUCUUCGCUCCUGGUGAAGCUCACCAACGCACUGGCGCUGCACGCACUGCGCAUCGCGGGCGGAGGGAACAAGGCGUUCGCUGAGAGCUGCCUGGUCUUGCCGCUCGCCACGGGAAUGGCCGUUUCGUUGGCCCUCCUCACGCUGAAGCAGAUGCGACCAGACACGGCGCGCUAUGUCUUGUGGCCCCGAAUGGACCAGAAAUCGUGCCUAAAGUCCAUCCAAACAGCCGGAUUCAUCCCCGUGGCGAUUCCGAAUCUGUUGGAGGGAGACGAGGUGCGCACCGAUCUGCCAGCGCUGGAGCGGAAGAUUGCCGAGCUGGGCGCCGACUCCAUUCUCUGCGUUUUGUCGACAUCGAGCUGCUUCGCGCCCCAGAUCGCGCAGGUGUGCAAGGCAAGCGGUAUCGGCCACAUCAUCAACAACGCCUACGGGGUUCAGACCUCCAAGUCCAUGCACCUGAUCAUCGAGGCGUGCAGAUUGGGGCGAGUCGAUUGCUUCGUGCAGAGCACCGACAAGAACUUCCUGGUGCCGGUGGGCGGCGCGAUCGUGGCCGGUCCCAGCAAGAAGUUCAUCGAGGAGCUGAACAAGGCGUACCCCGGGCGCGCGUCGGCUUCGCCGCUCGUUGAUCUCUUCAUCACCCUGCUCUCCCUGGGCGUCGCCGGGUGGAAGACACUCCUGCGAGAACGGAAGGAGCUGUUCGGGUACUUUACGGCGGAGAUGGCCAAGGUGGCCGAGAAGCACGGCGAACGCUUCCUCGCGACCCCCAACAACCCCAUUUCCUUUGGUAUGACGCUCGAGAGGCUGGGCGACGUCAAGGAGGGACCCACCAUGCUCGGCUCCAUGCUCUUCUCCCGCUGCUGUUCCGGCACCAGGAUAGUGACGGGCAAGGAGAAGAAGGUGGUGGCCGGGAUCACGUUCGAGGGCUAUGGUGCCCACAUCGACAGCUACCCGACCGCCUACGCCACGGCCGCGUGCGCGCUGGGCCUCACCCGGGGCGAAGUGGACCUCUUUCUCACGCGCCUCGACAAGACCCUCACAGAGCUCCACCACCAGAAGAGGAAAAAGCCCCAGGCAGCCACCGCCGACGCCGACGCCACCACCAUCAGCGCCGGCGAUUGCCCACCACCGCACAUCGUCCAAGAAGGCAGCUAG